AUGGAUCAGAAUGGUUGGUCUUGUUCAAGGAUUCAGAAAAUAAUUACGCCGUAUGUUGUGGCCAUAGACUUCGAAACAACAUACUCGGGUUAUGCUUUUGCCAUCCGUAAAGAGUUCCUUAAAGGCAACGAAAAGAACAUCGAAAAAAUAUACACUGUUCAUUGGAAUGCUGGGGCAUUGAUUUCCGAUAAAACACCCACAACUUUGCUACUCGACAAAAAGCAAAAUUUUGUCAGUUUUGGUAAUGAAGCUGAGAGUCUGUAUGGCAAAAUGUCGGAAGAAGAGAGGACAGAUCAUUAUUACUUUCAUCGAUUUAAAAUGUUGCUGUAUGACAAGGAUGGAAAUGUGAAAAUUACCAGAAAUACCAUUUUAAAGGAUAUAAAAGACAAAGAGAUGUUGGCCAUAGAUGUUUUUGCACACUCCAUACGGUAUCUUAGAGAUCACUUUUUGAUGAAUUUCGAAAAGAAUAAUUUAGAUAAGGCUUAUCUGCCCUUGGACGGUGAAAUAACCUGGGUUCUAACUGUCCCUGCUAUAUGGGACGAGCCUGCAAAACAGUUCAUGGAGGAAGCAGCUGAAAAGGCGGGUAUUCCAAAAGAUUUCUUAAUGAUCUGCUUGGAACCCGAAGCAGCAGCCAUUUUCUGCAAGUGUUUACCUAUAGAAAAAGGAGUUGAUUGUUUGAAUGCAAUGCAGCCUGGUCGAAGGUUUAUAGUGCUUGACGCUGGAGGUGAUACAAUUGACAUGGCCAUACAAGAAGUGACAGAGGAUGGAAAGUUACAAGAAAUAGACCGCGCUCAAGGUGGCGACUGGGGAGGAAUUUUUGUGGACGCCCAGUUCAAAGAAAUGCUAGAAGAAAUAGUUUCCAAGCCAAUUUUUGAGGCCUUUCGCAUGAAAUAUACUGGAGACUACAUUGAUUUAUUCAGAUUUUUUGAACGCAAGAAGAGAGCAAAUCCAAUGUCCAAAAGAGUGCACAUGCUGGUUCCGCUGUCAUUUUUAGAUAUAUCAGGUGAAGAUAUAAAAGAUUUGACAAAAGCUCAAGGCUUUGAGAAGGAUGUGACAUGGAAAAGAGAUAAAAUUUUCAUCGAACAUAAAAAUUAUAAAGAAUUUUAUAAUCAUGUCAUAGACAAGAUUGUCUUUAAAGUUGAAGAAAUUUUAGUGUCCAAGGAAGCAAAAGGAACUGAUGUGAUUCUUAUGGUUGGUGGAUUUUCCGAAUCUGAUCUUUUACAAAAGAGGAUACGAGAAUCCUUUCCAGCUUGUAAAGUAAUUAUUCCCCCAGAAUGUGGUCUGGCCGUUCUGAAGGGGGCAGUUAUUUUUGGUUUCGACCCAAACAUGAUUGCAGCCAGAGUGGUGAAGUACACGUAUGGAGUCGGUACCAACACAAUCUUCAUCGAAGGCACACAUCCCAAAUCGAAGAAAACGUUGAUUAAUGGAAAGAAUUACUGUAAGGACACGUUUGAUGUCCACGUGAAAAAGGGUAAAACAGUAUACAUUGAUGAAACUACAGAUAAAACUCAUUACCCAAUUUACGAAGACCAAACAUCUGUCAACUUUAGAGUCUUUACUUGUGAACAGGCGGAUCCAAAAUAUAUUGAUGAUGAGGGGUGUAAUGAAAUGGGUUCUUUGACAGUUCCAAUGCCAGACACUAAUGGCGGAACCAAUAGGAAAGUCAAAGCCAAAUUCAAAUUUUGAGGGACUAAACUUACUGUUGAAGGAAUUGAUGAAACGUCUAUGACUUCAGUGGACAUCAAAUUUGAUUUCCUGGAAGGUUCGCCGUAAUUUUAGACUGUCUGUAAAACGUUGUUUAUGUCUUGAGUCAAUUCAUAAUGAUUUUACUCAGUUACGAUCAUGAUGUUUUUAUUUAUGGACUUGACAUUUUUCAAACUACCCUUGCUAUUUUAGCACAUCUGAAGUGAAAGCUCAAGUAAGAUUCUCUUAUCAAGUAAGAUUUUCCGUCCUUCCGAAUGAAAGCUUUUCCAAUUUUCGACAUCCUCUUAAGAAACACAUGGCAA